AGAAAGCGUAGUUGAAACAGAAAGUAAAUUUGUUCAUGUCCAGGAUCCAUUUUGAGAUGACAGAACAGGAUAGCCUGUAAACUCUAAAGAAAGUAAAAACUUUAAUCCUGGAAGUAGCAAGAUACCCCUUAAAUGAGUGUCUCUUGGGAAAGAGAGGAGGGGGGCACUGCCAGCCCCCACACCCAGAGAUCAGAGUCUCCAGUACCUAGCUGUUUGUCUAUGAAGAGUGAUCGCUCUAUGGACAAUCCUCCGAAUUUUAUCAGUGGACCAAUGCCCUUGGACUCAAAAGGCUCCAACCAGAACAAGAGAGCAGGGUCUCCAGUACCCAGCUGCCUGUCCAUGAAGAGUGAUUGGUCUAUGGAUCAUCCAGCAUCUUUCAAAAGAGGAUCAACACCCUUUGACCAAAGGACUAUCUGUAAUCAUGGUGUGCAGUGUGUGAGGGGGUCAAGGGAUCAAUUCUCUAUCAACUGUGGACACAGGUUCUGCAGACAGUGCAUCACCAGAUACCAGGAGCAGACUGGUUCUUCUGGAGACUAUGGCUGUCCUCAGUGUAGAAAGAGAUCCAGAACAUGUCCAGUACUACAGCAACUAAAUGAACCCAGUGAUGCAAGAGGCUCUGAAAAGAUGGAUGACAGCCUGCAGAGAGCUUUAAAGAUUCAUAAAACCAAUCUGAAAGGGAGGUAUGGAUGUGUGAUAGAAGGCAUCGUAAAAGCAGGGAUUCAAACUCCCCUGAACAGAAUUUACACAGAGCUCUACAUCACAGAAGGAGAGAGUGAAGAGGUUAACAAUGAACAUGAGGUGUGGCAGCUAGAGACAACAUCCAGAAUGCCAACCUCACAGGACACAGCAAUCCACUGCAAUGACAUCUUCAAACCCUUACCUGGCCAAGGCAGACCCAUCAGAACUGUGCUGACGAUGGGCAUCGCUGGCAUUGGAAAAACUGUCUCUGUGCAGAAGUUCAUCCUAGACUGGGCUGAAGGGAAGGCAAACCAAGAUGUGGAUAUCAUAUUUGUGCUUCCUUUCCGGGAGAUAAACUUGAUUAAAGAUGAACAGUACAGUAUACUCAGACUUCUAAACAGCUUCCACACAGAUCUAGACAUAGAUGAUGUGAAGAAACUUGCUGGAUGUAAAGCUAUGUUCAUCUUUGAUGGUCUGGAUGAAAGCAGACUUCCAUUGUUUUUCCAGCACAAUGAAAUGGUGUCUGAUGUAACACAGACAUCGUCUGUAGAUGUGCUGCUGGCAAACCUCAUCAAAGGGAAUCUGCUUCCCUCUGCUCUUCUCUGGAUAACUUCAAGACCAGCAGCAACCCAUCAGAUCCCCCCUGAGUAUGUUGACCAGGUGACAGAGGUACGAGGGUUCAAGGACCCACAGAAGGAGGAGUACUUCAGGAAGAGAUUCAGUGAUGAGAACCUGGCCAGCAGAAUCAUCUCACACAUAAAGACAUCAAGGAGCCUCUACAUCAUGUGCCACAUGCCAGUCUUCUGCUGGAUUUCUGCAAUAGUCCUUGAGUACAUGUUAAGUACAGACAAGAGAAAAGAGAUGCCAAAGACACUGACUGAGAUGUUCAUACACUUCCUUCUCAUUCAGACCAAUCUGAAGAACCAGAAGUAUCAUGGAAGUGAUGAGAUGGAUCAAGAGGAGCUCAUGGAGUCGGACAAGGAAGUUCUUCUGAAGCUGGGGAAACUGGCAUUUGAACAUCUGGAGAAGGGCAAUCUCAUGUUCUAUGAAGAAGACCUUAAAGAGUGUGGUAUUGAUGUCAAAGAGGCCUCAGUGUACUCAGGAGUGUGCACAGAAAUCUUUAAAGAAGAGUCUGUGUUGUCUCAGAGAAUGGUGUACUGCUUUGUCCAUCUGAGCAUUCAGGAGUUUUUCUCUGCUGUCUAUGUAUAUCAUUGUUACACAACCAAUAACAUGAAUGCACUGAAGUCCUUCUGGACUGGAGUUGUUUCUAAUGAGCAAUCCUUGGAAGAGCUUCUGAAGAGUGCUGUUAAUAAAGCCUUGGAGAGCAAGAAUGGACACCUGGAUCUUUUUGUCCGCUUCCUUCAUGGCCUCUCUCUGGAAUCAAAUCAGAAACUCCUACGAGGUCUGGUAAGACAGACAGAGAGCAGUCCAGAGAGCGUCCAGAAAACCAUCCAAUCCCUUAAGGUGAUGCAGAAGAAGAACAUCUCCCCUGAAAGGUGCAUCAAUCUUUUCCACUGUUUGAUAGAGAUGAAAGACCAUUCAGUACAGGAUGAAAUCCAAGAGUUCUUGAGGUCAGAGAAGAGAUCCCAAAACCUCUCACUUGCACACUGUUCAGCGCUGGUCUACAUACUGCAAAUGUCAGAGGACGUUCUCGAUGAGUUUAAACUGAAGACGUACACCACGUCACAAGAGGGACGUAGGAGACUGCUCCCAGCUGUGAGGUGCUGCAGAAAAGCUCUGUUGUCAGGCUGUGGAGUCACAGAGGAAGGCUAUGCUUCUUUGGUCUCAGCUCUGAGGUCAAAACCGUCACACUUGAGAGAGCUGGAUCUGAGCUACAAUUGUCUAGGAGACUCCGGAGUGAAACUACUCACUGUUGGUCUGAAGGAUCCACAUUGUAGACUGGAGACAAUGAGGCUGUCAGGCUGUUGGAUCACAGAGGAAGGCUGUGCUUCUCUGGCCUCAGCUCUGAGUUCAAACCCCUCACACCUGAGAGAGGUUAAUCUGAGUGACAAUGACCUGAAGGAUUCAGGAGUGAAUCUGCUUUCUGGUAUACUGGGGAAUCUGGAGACACUGAGACUAAAACAAUGCAGAUUAACAAAGACAUGCUGUGCAAUGCUGGUAUCAGCUCUCAGCUCAAACUCUUCACACCUGAGAGAGCUGGACCUGUGUGACAAUGACCUUCAGGAUUCAGGAGUGAAAUUACUCUCUUCUGGACUGGGAAAUCCUCACUGUAAACUGGAGACUCUGAGGCUGUCAGGCUGUCUGAUCACAGUGGAAGGCUGUGGUUUUCUGGCAUCAGCUCUGAAGUCAAACCCCUCACACCUAAGAGAGCUGGAUCUUCGGUACAAUCACCCAGAAGACUUGGGAGUGCGACUGCUCUCUGCUGGACUUGAGGAUCCGCACUGGAAACUGGAGAAACUCAAUGUGGACCAUGGUAAAGGGGGUUGGUUGAAAUCAGGGCUGAAAAAAUAUGCCUGUGUAAUCACACUGGACCCAAACACAGCAUUCAAAAAACUAUCUCUGUCCGAGGAGAACAGAAAGGUGACAUAUGGGGGAGAGAAGCAACCGUAUCCUGAUCACCCAGAUAGAUUUAAUUACUGGGCACAGGUGCUGUGUAGAGAGGGUCUGUCUGGGCGCUGUUACUGGGAGGCAGAGUGGAGUGGUAGUGAGGCUGUUAUAGGACUGACAUAUAGAGGAAUCUGCAGGAAUGGAGAGAUUACUGACUUUAGGCUUGGACGCAAUGACAAGUCCUGGAGUCUGGAAUGCUCUAGUACCAGUUACUCUGCCAGACACAAUAGUGAGAGCACUACUGCCAUAUCUGUCCCUUCCUCCAGCACUCACAAAGUAGGAGUGUAUCUGGACUGGCUGGCCGGCACUCUGGCCUUCUACAGUGUCUCUUCUGACACACUGACCCACCUGCAUACCUUUCAUGCCACUUUCACUGAGCCCCUCUAUCCAGGGUUUAAGCUUUGGGGUUCUGACUCCACAGUGUCCCUGUGCCAGAUAAAAUAGAGUAUCCUGAGUCUUCAGCAAAGUCACACUCCUGCUCAAACACAGCUGGGUGACACACACACACACACACACACACACACACACACACACACACACACACACACACACACACACACACACACACACACACAC